AUGGAGAAGUUAAAGUAUGGUAUAAUACCAAGGCGUCGAUCCAUUUCUUUAAAUAUCAGCUCAGCGUCCAGCGAAACUUCUUCUUGCAGCGGUAAUUCGACCCCAGUGAUGGAAAACAGUUUUAGUGAAGUGGAAGCCCAAAUCAUAGACAUGGCGGAAAUCGCAAAAAAACGUCGCCAGGGUAGAAGCAAGUCCGUUCCACAUGUGAGGCGCUUUCAGUGCUAUUCAACUGAUGAGGCGUUCGACCACCGUUUCAAUACUAAACUGGAUGCUUCAAGCUUUCAAGAGCUGCCUACUACAACACUCUGUUCAACGGAGCUUUGA